AUGGCGCUGGUGACCCAAUUCCUUUCGAGCAUUCGGGGCUUCGUCCUGCAGCAAGAUGGAGAUCAGUUGCGCGACUGGCUCAAGGUCGAACAGAACGCUUCAUCGCAGUACUACGAGCUCCAAGCACAGCUUCGGUCCGGUUUCCCAGCUCGGAGCAAGGCCCUCGAGCGAUUCGUCGAGAAGUGCCUGCCAGAGGAGGACGACGUUUCGGAUGGCAAGGGUUCGCCAUGGCCUGGCUUUGUCUCCUUCAUGGUAGACUAUCUCCAGUACUGGAGAGAUGUCAACUUUGACGAUCUUCUGGGGCUUCACGAGCUACUAAGCACCCUUCUCACAUCAUGCGCAACAGCGCUGCAAAACCCCACAUAUGGGGCUAUGAUGCUCAGAACGAGCAUCUCUCUCUCAGAGUCCAUGUCCAAGCUGGUCAUGACCCUCCACCGGAGACCAGACCUGACAAGUCAGCUCCGUGUUGCCUCGGGCGAUGAGGAGAAGAAGUCCUUUGUCGAGAGCGCUGCCGACACGAUCCAGAAGAUUUUCACUUCCUGUCUGACGGACAGAUCCAGCACGAGGUGGAGCAAACCAGAAGGCAAAAAGGUCGGCGUCUACAUCUUUGCCAACCUUGUCCUCAAGUUGCUGUUCACCUGCAACAGAUCUCGCCUUGCCGUCCAGAUGUUCACCAACAUUGCAACAAGUGGUCCGGCACUAGGCCUGUUUCCCGCUGCGCAACGCGUCACCUACCUCUACUACCUGGGACGCUUCUACUUUGAGCACAACAACUUCAUGCGCUCGGCCGUGUGUCUAGACGAGGCAUAUAUACAAACGCCGCCCGCCGCCCAGAAGCACCGGAGGCUGAUCCUCACUUACCUCAUCCCCGCCAACAUCCUCCUCGGCCGUUUCCCCUCAGAAACCCUCCUCAACCGACCCGAGGCUGCUACACUCAGCCCGAUCUACCGCCCGCUAAUCCAGUCCAUCAAGGCCGGGAACUUUGUCGCGUUCCAGGCCAUCAUGAAAACCCACGAGCCGUGGCUCUUCACCCACGGCCUCUUCAUCACGCUCAACUUCCGAUUGCGACCAUUCCUCUGGCGGUCCCUCGCCCGCCGCACCUUCCUGCUGACCUACACGCCGCCCGCCGACGCCGCGACCAGCCGAAGAGCAGCGACUCUGGACCUGCACGACGUCGUCACGACAGCCUCGUACCAGCAGCACCUCCUCGAGGGCUGGACGCCCGCCAACGCGCCCCCGCGCGCAGCCGCCCAUCACCAGCACCACCACGGCCAGAACCCCGUCUUCCUCAAGGCGGUGAGGAACAGCGCCAGCGCGACCGCCGCAGCUACCGACUCGACGCUCGCGCCGCCGCCGGCGGGCAAGCACCGCCGCCUCCGGCCCUGCGACGGCAUCCUGUGCGGCAACCUGGCCGUGACGCUCGGCGAGGUGGAGGGCAUGGUGGCGACGCUCGUGGGCCAGUCCCUCAUGCACGGCUUCGUCGCGCACGGGCAGGGCAAGUUUGCGGUCGUGGGCACCAAGCAGAAGGGCAGCGCCGUGCUGGCCGGGUGGCCCGAGGUGGCCGGCGCCGUGAGGGAGCGGAUGCGGGACCAAGGGGCCGAGAUGGACAAUGUGCCGGCCUGGGUGAAGGCGCCGUGA